AUGUUACCCAGUAAUCUAGCUGGAAGCUAUCGACGCUACAAGGAAGAUACCAAUGUAUUUGCAACAUGGUUGUUGAAUGCUGCGGAGACUUGUGGAUACAAUCCCGGGGACGAUAACGAAACUCCCAAGCCGCAGUUAGCGCAACCAAGCACUAGACUCAAGGGAAAGGCAAGAAAAGAAGCAAAGAAAGCUGCAAUCGAUUCGACACCAAUUCUACAAACUAAGUAUAUCUCAACGAAAGAGAUGUUGCUGCAAGCAGAAAUUAUUGCAAAACACAAGAAGCCGCCCGUGGAAAUGCCAAAGAAUAUUCGGAACACCUUGGAGCGUGCGAUAAGGGCACGAACACGCUGUGCCAGUUGGUUUCGUAACACCAAGACGGACCAGCACGCCGAUAAGUCCAACCGCACACAUGCGUAUUUCAUCUCAAUACUUGAGAAGGCACUUGCUACACUCAAUCCUUGUACUAGAAAAGAGAAAGUAACUGGCUCUAGUUCCGAUUCUCAAAUACGAGGCAGCAGCGCAGCUCAUAGCACAAACAUUUAUGGCAUGUUGGAGGUUGAAGAUGUUGGUGCGGAAAACCUCGAUAUCACGACUGAUGACAUCAUCAAUGCGUCUAAAUCUAAAACGAAGAAACAUCUGAAUAUAUGUGGGAUGAAAAUCGAGGAUAAGAUAGACUUAGAAUUUGUCGUCUUUUGUUUCUUCGAGGAUUUACAACGCAUACAGGAGUUCUUGAAAGAGACAUGGAAAUUGGUUGUAAAGGAAGAACUGGACGCCAUAACCGCUUCUCUUGUGUCUAACCUGGCUUUAAGUCUUGCUCGUCAGAUUGAAGAUGAGCUUACCUCAAGCCACGCACAAUUUUUCGGCGUUAUUCCAUCUUAUAUUAAGAUUGCGGGAAUCCUACACGAAGUCAACUACAUCAAUCAAAAAUUGGAGCAACAAGAUAACAAGUCGAAGAGAUCUACUUCCGACGAGUUUGUGUACUACCCCAUUUUUCGUAUUCUAUCGAAGUAUCUUCAAUACGGACAGACUCAAAGUGACGGCGCACAGUGUGUCAUACCUAUCAGCACCCUGUUAUCUGCGAACGAUUUGGCCUACCAACAAAGGGGUCGGCAUAUCAUGCCAGUCACAGCCUCCGCUAUUGAACCUGAAACAAUCAAGUUAUUUCAAUGUGCCACGUAUUCAACCAGAACGGUAGUAUCUAAUUCAAGUACAGACCCGCGAUCUGCCAAAAGUGAAAGCUAA